GCUGUUGUCCAGACUCAAGUGAAAGUUAGGGCUGUGAGAAAUACAGUAGGCUAUUUGAUUAGAACUUAGGCUACUUAUGAAUUUAUAGACAGUUUAUAGACAGAGGGCUGAAGUGGAUGCUUUGAUAUGGAAUACAUUUCCUGAGCACUCUGUCUACCUGACGCCAGGAAUGGUGUAGGAAAAGUAUUUAGCCUAGAGAUUUAUUUCAUUUAUUUAACCUUUAUUUAACUAGGCAAGUCAACCUAGAGUCAGCCUAGAGACUGAAAUGGACGAGAUGGUAGCAUGGGAAGAGACUGCGUCGUCGAAAGAGAUGCCAAGCUUUGUUAGGCGCGUACAACUACUGUAACGCCUCCAACAUGCCAUUGUGAUAUUCUGAAUAUAAUUAUACAUUGUUAUUUUAUGGACCGAUUAUGACAACCAAUGUUGAAAUACAUUUAAUAUUUCUUCUAUCAUUUAUUGACCUAACAUAUCUAAAUCAGCGUCCGCAAUGUUUAGAUGUUCGACUGUUAUUUUGAUACUUUGUUUACGGUGGAGUUGUGUCAAGGUCGAGACCACUGAGGCAGUAAAGUGUUCAUUUAACCUGACUGAAACCAGCGCCAAUACGGAUUCUAUUGCACUGGAAUUGAUAACAACAGGAGAAGCGUGUAACUUCACCGUGUUUUAUGAGCCUAGUCGGUCCGACAUAACGGAUUGUUAUCAACAUGGGGAGUACACUAACGUGUAUAUCUGCGAUAUAAGGGAUUUGGAACCAGGAACAUUACACCAAUUUGAAGUUAUAUCGAAGAAUGAUGGAGAGAGGGGCAACGUAUCAGUGCGUACAGACCCAGUGGGUCCAUCCAGGUUGGAUGUACUACCAGACCAGAUCCAAGCAACCCAGUAUAAGAGUCCUAUUCAGGGUCAGGGUGGCUCCCAUAGCCUGCACAUAUCCUGGCCUCGAUCUCGUGGGCAGGUCGACUGGUAUGAAGUCACACUACAGGACACCAAAACAGGGACGAGCCGCAGUACCCGCAUCAUGGGAACUGCCGCCACUCAGUCUCGCUUCACCGCCCUUACCCCUGGAACCCUCUAUGCCCUAAGCCUGGUGGCAACGGCUGGGAAUAAAACAGCCCUGCCAGUGCUGGCCACUGCAGCCACAGCUCCCUCAGCUGUCAGCGGCCUCCAGCUCUCACCCUCCUCCAGCAGCCUGAGUGUUUCCUGGCAGCCCGGUCCAGGCAGGAGAGAGAGUUUCAGGGUGCUACUGAGGGAGCAGCAGGGCGCCCUAGUCAGGAACGUCACCCUUAAGAGUAGUGUCACCUCCCACACCCUUGACGACCUGUUGCCUGGGACCCUGUACACUGUCACCGUGGUGACUGAGGCUGAAGGCCUCCAGAACGCCAUCUCCAAACAAGCAGUCACAGUUCCUGUGGCGGUAACAGAGCUCUUCUUGGAGAACCACGGCAGUCUGGACACCCUGAGGGCCUCCUGGGUCAAUGCUAGGGGCGGCGUGGAUGCAUACCUGGUCUCCCUGGCAACCCUAGGCUCAGCCAACCAGGAUAGGAAGCUUUCCCCCAACGCCACUGAAGUGGUCUUCAGCGGCCUGACCCCUGGACGGCCCUAUCAGCCCCUCAGCCUGUCCAGCAGCUGAUGGUCCGUCACGGUGAUGAGACGUCUCUGAGCGUGCUGUGGUCUCGCCCCGCGGGGGUGUGGGACGGGUACACCGUGGUCUUGAGACAGGGGGAUACUGUUGUGUCACAGAGGACACUGUCCCGUGACGCCAGGGAGUGCACAUUCAACGUCCUCAUGCCCGGACGCCAGUACGCCAUUGCCGUCACGACCAACAGUGGGGGCCUAAACAGCUCGGCUUCAGUGAUUGGACGAACCACCCCGGCGCAGGUGACCAGUCUGCGUGUGAUCAACGGUGGCAGCACAGACAGCCUCCAAACCCAGUGGGAGCGGGCGGCCGGAGAGCUGGACUCGUACCGUGUGCUGCUUAUCCACGACAGCAGUGUGAUCAAGAACGA